GAUAUAAAAUGUUCAAAUUUUUGGGCAUAUUUCGUCGAAGCAAGACCAGCCACGAAUUUUUCCACAACCCAGAAGAAGAUGUUGACUACAAAUUGAGAGACAAAGUUUAUACCAAACAGAUUAAGGAUUACGGAGAGGCGUUGCAGAAUACUCAUCUGCCAUUGCAUAACAGGCUGCAGGCAGCGGUUUCAUUGGGCAUAAUAAGUUAUACAGGUGGGCCAGAAGCUGCCAACUAUGCGCAGGCCUACAUCGAGCCUCUCCUGCGUUACCUGAACCAGACCAUAUACACGGAGAAGGACCAGAUCACAGUGCUCCAGAGCUUGGCGGGGAUCUGCUACAACAACGCCCCCAACCAGUGCAUCAUGGUGGACCAGCAGCUCCUGACCACUCUGGUGUCCAUGAUCAACAGCAGAAACAGCAAUGUCACGUCCAUCAAGGUCAAGUUCUGGGCCUGCUACCUGCUCCACGUCUUGUGCUGCAACAACAUUCCCAUAAUCCGGCGCCUGAAUAAGGCCAAGUAUCUGCACUCCAGUCUCAUACAUUUAUCCGAGCUCUCUUGGAUUGGUUGGCCAGACAAUUAUGCCCAAGUGUUGAUCUACAUUCUAGGGUUUGAGAAGCAAAACCGAGCUUUGUAG